AUGAAUCCACAAAAUCACGUUUGUUGCGCGUUGUCGGAAAAGUUGUUGGAAACGACCUCUAAAACAGCAACGACCGCAACAAAAAUAGGAGGAAGAGGAGGAGAAGAAGGAAAUGAGGCCGCGGCGGACUCCACCGAUGAGGGGAGACGACCGCCAUGUGAAGUUAUUUCAGUUACCCCUGGACGAAGAGGGAAAGAGGAAGAAGUGGAUGCGGCAGAGGGAAGAGGAGGACCUAUGGGAGUAGAUGUGAGAAGGAACCCGCCUUCUUCACAAGAUUCCAAUGAACAGGAAUGGGUUCAUAUUUAUGGCGCAAGUCCAUCACACAGGAGCCCCUCACUAAGGAGUAGCAGCCACGCCUCGCCGUUUUUGGCCAGUGGUGCGGCUUCAAGCGUGGGGGGAUGCGGGGUUUCAGAGUUUGGGGCGUCGUUACUGGGGAAUUUGGGCCAUGCAACCUCAGGGGAUAGCGAUGGUGUGUCCGUAGCCUCUUCACAGCAAUUGGGUAUGUGCAAACGUGGAAGGUUCAUGUCACUCCCUCUAGAAUCUUGUGUGCGGAAUGUUGGACGAGGACUAAGGAGUAAAGGAGAGGUGUUAUUGCCAAUAGACAAGAUGCCUCAUCACUCGCGGUGCCUAUCAUGCCCUGAGGAGGAUAUGUGCAAAUUCGAUGAACGCCGCGCGUCGCCUUCCUGCUGCCACAAGAGGAAGGGGUUACUAUUGCCCCAGCUCAGCAUUCCAGAUCCUAAUGAUCCAUUAGCGGCGCGUGAGAAGUGUCGCAACGCUCUCAUAGCCGAACUGCAGAGACGCAAGGGCUUCUUGCAGGUUCAACUCGGUUGGCUUCAACGUGAAGUCUCUGCGUGGAAUAUAUUUGCUCUUGUCCGCGCCUGUAAUUCAUCGGAGCUGCACUAUUUGCUAGAACGGAAACUAGUAGAUGUCAACCAACGGGAUUACAAUGGUUGCACCCCGCUUCACGUGGCGGCGCUCGGAGGAAACGAAUCCGUAGUGCGCGUUCUCAUAUCGUUUGGUGCCGACAUUACGGCAAUCGACAACACGGGUCGUACGCCGCUUGAUUGGGCUGCGGAGAACCGUCAUAGUGGUGUGUGCCGCCUUCUAGUGGCGGUGACGAAGCAUGCUCAGAUGAAAAAGGAGCAGCGACAUCAUCACGUUCAUUCAAGCCGUGGUAACGGCUCUAUUUCCCCAAAUUAUCACGGCACGCCCACAUGUGGCGCUGCGGCAACAGAAGGACCUUCAUGUGGUGGAAAUUCGCCAGCGAUGCCGUCCAUUUCACUUCCCAGCUGCAAAAAGGGAUCCGCGUCGCAGUCUACAGUGAAGGAUACGAAAGGGACGCGUGGAUGGGGAUCCAAGGCACCGCUGGCCGUGUCACCGGGCGAUAGCGUUCUCUUUUCCGCCCUCCCCCCUGAUAUGGUGGCACAAUACCGUGCGAGAGAUUGCUUGAACAGGGUGAGGGAUCAAGGGGCGGAAGGGAGAUUACCUAAUGCAGUGGACGACAUUGCCAACAUGUCCUCAAGUUAUACGACUGUGUCGGAUGCGGUUUCCCUCAUUGUUUGUAUGGUGGGGUUACCGGGACGGGGGAAGUCGUUUAUUGGCCGACGGAUCGCACGUUAUCUUAAUUGGAAGGGAGUUCCCUGUCGUGUGUUUAAUGUCGGGAACUACCGCCGUAGGCUCCUCGGUGUGGAGGGUACGUGCAGUGCAGAUUUCUAUGAUCCGCAAAAUUUGCAGGCGAAGCAAAUGCGUGACAAGGUGGCAACUCUUGCUUUUGGAGAUCUUAUUCAUUUUAUUGCCCACCAUCGGGUGGCCUGUGGCGUGUUUGACGCAACAAACACCACGAAGGCUCGCAGGAAGUAUUUGUUGGAGUGCUUGCAACAGGAAGCAAAGAAACACAACAUCAACUGUAGAGUAAUAUUCAUUGAGUCAGUGUGCAAUGAUUUAAACCUCAUCACAGAGAACAUACUACGUGCAAAGUGUGGUAAUGAUGACUUUAAGAAUGUCAAGGACGCGGGUGAGGUGAUCUCCGCAUUUUACUCUCGGAUUGCGGAGUAUGAAAAGGUGUACGAGCAGCUGGAUGCGGAUGAAGGCAUUAGUUUCAUUCGCAUUAUCAAUGCAAAGCAUCAUGUCAUUCUUCACAAGAUUCCCUGCGGACUAGCAAGUCUCAUCUCGUUCUUUUUAUUAAAUCUUCACCCUGUUGCUCAUCCCAUUUAUAUUGCGGUUCCCGGGGAAACCGUGGGUGACAGGAAACACAUAUACGGCGGGGAUGACCGCCUCACCCCUCUUGGUGAGAAGUUUGCGGAUGCCCUAAAGCGGUUUAUAUUGGAGCGGGAUGCACCCAACAUGGUCGUGCUUCACGGAACAAAUCCGAACGUUAUGAAUACACUGCGGCCACUGGAACAGGCUUUAGAGCCGGACAGCAGCGACGAUGGCAGCAGUUUCCCGAGGGGGGCUCGCGGAUGCGGCGGCUUUUGCGUGCCGCUGGCGGAGUUGCUUUGUCCACUUCCCGGUCUCGACAGAAUCAAUUUUGGGCGGUUUUGCGGUCGGACAGUUAAGCAGGUACGGAUCAGAUACUCAAAACUCUGCAAGCUUCUCUACGCAGGCUCGCCGAUGGGGAGUGGUUCCUAUAUCGCAGCGGAUGAUGAAGUUGCUGACCCUGGAAAAGAGAAGGCUCAGCAAGAGGAGCCACCGUUACUGGGGACGGCAGAAUGCGCAUCAGACGCUGCUAAUAUAUGUGCGGAGGGCCUUCGCCGCUUUCUCCAUGUUCCCAACGGGGCGGACCCUCGUCUUUCUUACUGCGUGCAGUUUCCCAACGGUGAGAGUUGCAGGCAGGUAAAUGUUCGGUUGGAGCCGGCACUUAUGGCCGUCAUGCGGGUGCGUGGUCCGGUGUUUGUUGUCGCCUCAUCCGUACCAGCGCAAGGGGUUCUCGCAUUCUUUGCUGAUGCGUUGCCUGAAAUGGCUCCAGCUUUGCGCCUCCCUUCACACGCUGUAGUAGAAAUUAGCGUGAAGGGUGAUAUAACCGUACACCAGCUGGUAAAGCCCUGUGACCGCCCACUGCAGCCGAGCGAAUGA